AGCACCGGCUGGCUUGCCGUUGCCUCCCGGUCCUUAGGGAGCAAAGCUAGCAGUUCGCUUCUUCGUCAAGCACCCCCGGCUAGUAGUCCCGGGCUCUGUGGCUGAGGGUCUCGCGCAGGGGCUCGUGAGGGAUUCGCGCGCUCGCUGCCGUCGAUCGCCUCCGGCCUAGCCCCCUCCCCUUUCUUCCCCCUUCAGUCACCUUCCUUUCGCAUCUACUUCCCCCUCUCGCCUUGCCCGAGCAGGUCCGCCGGGAGGGGGCGUCCACUGCAAGAAGAGAAAGGGGAAGAGUGUUUUGCCUCGGGGAAGGCAGCGGGCAGCUGGAGCCCUCAGUCCACGGGGAGACACGGGGGGGAGGGAAGCUGCUCGGAAGCUAGCGAUGGCGAGGCCAGAGCUGUGCCCGGCCGCCUAGAGCCCCAAGCCCCCCCCCCCGCCCGAUCUCUUCGCGGUGGGUGCUCGUGGGGAGCGCGCGCGUGCUUGUUUGUGUGCACUGUGGCGGGGGAGUGGAGGAGAGACGGGCAGAGCAGGCAGACAGAGCCCCCACCCCGCCGCCGUCGCCUGCGCUCGCGCGUGUGAGUGUGUGUGUGAUAGGGGGGUGGAUCUUGGUUCGCUUGCCUCCACCGACUCCCAAAAUGCCCAGGCUGCUUCAUACAGAUGGCUAUAUUUCAAGGUUUCCUUUGGCAGAGCUAGGCGAGGUGCAGCGCCUUGUGGAGGCGUCCGCCAGUGACAUCUCCUCGGACGAAGGGGGGCUUUGAUUUGGUCCUUCUCUCCCUCCUUCCUCCCUCCUUCCUCCCAUCUGCUAUUUUCCGAGGGGGCGGCUGCAAACAAACAACAAUAAUAAUAAUAAUAGGGACAUAGUCGAUUGAUAAGAGACGCCCCCUUCUCUUUCUUUCUCGCCCGCCCCAUUUAACUCGCCGGCCCACCGGGGGCAAAAAUAACCCGAAAUCCGGACGCGUCGUUCUCAGUGUGUGUGCUCUCCCUCCCUCCCUCCCCCCCCUUCUCUGAAAUUGACGCCCCAAGGGGGAGCGAUCGGAAGAAGAUCGAGAUCACGCAUCCGAUUGCCUCGCGUUUCCUAAUAUCUGCGGGGGCUCGAGCCCUGCCAUUCCGGCGGCAGGAUGGAUUAGAGAUCUCUGAAUGGAGGAACCCGAGAGGACUGGAUCGCAGAAGGCCUGCUGUGAUUUACCCUCCUUGGGGAUGAACAGAGUGCCUCCUGGUCGCUGACAACUCUAGCAUUCACUGCAGGAUGGCCCAGCUCAUCCAUGCCCUUUGGAGCCUGUGCAUCACCACUGUCCUUGUCACCUCAGCCACACAAGCAGGCCUAAGCCGUGCGGGCUUACCCUUUGGUCUGGUUCGGCGGGAACUGGCAUGCGAGGGCUAUCCUAUUGAGCUGCGUUGCCCAGGCAGUGAUGUCAUCAUGGUGGAGAAUGCUAACUAUGGCCGCACAGAUGACAAGAUCUGUGAUGCUGAUCCCUUCCAGAUGGAGAAUGUCCAGUGCUAUCUGCCGGACGCCUUCAAAAUCAUGUCCCAAAGGUGCAAUAAUCGGACACAGUGUGUCGUGGUAGCUGGCUCAGAUGCUUUUCCAGACCCUUGCCCUGGCACCUACAAGUACUUGGAGGUCCAAUACGACUGUGUCCCUUACAAAGUGGAACAGAAAGUAUUCGUUUGCCCAGGGACGCUGCACAAGAUCCUGGAACCUACCUCAGCCCAUGAAUCAGAGCACCAGUCUGGAGCUUGGUGCAAGGAUCCUCUGCAAGCUGGAGACCGAAUAUAUGUCAUGCCUUGGAUCCCAUACAGGACAGACACCCUGACAGAGUAUGCUUCAUGGGAAGACUAUGUAAGUGCCCGACAUACCACCACAUAUCGCUUGCCCAACAGAGUCGAUGGCACUGGCUUUGUGGUGUAUGAUGGAGCAGUCUUCUACAAUAAAGAGCGGACACGCAACAUUAUCAAGUAUGAUCUGCGGACACGGAUUAAAAGUGGAGAAACGGUUAUCAAUACAGCCAACUAUCAUGACACUUCACCCUACCGUUGGGGUGGCAAGACUGACAUUGACUUGGCUGUUGAUGAAAAUGGGCUAUGGGUCAUUUAUGCCACUGAAAGCAACAAUGGACGGUUAGUGGUAAGCCAGCUCAAUCCUUAUACGCUACGCUUUGAAGGCACAUGGGAAACUGGCUAUGACAAACGCUCGGCAUCCAAUGCUUUCAUGGUGUGUGGAGUCCUCUAUGUGGUACGGACAGUCUAUGUUGAUGACGACAGUGAGGCUGCAGGGAACCGUGUUGACUAUGCCUUCAAUACUAAUAUGAACCGUGAAGAACCAAUCUCUCUGACCUUCCCUAAUCCUUACCAGUUCAUCUCUUCCAUUGACUAUAACCCCCGUGAUAAUCAGCUUUAUGUGUGGAAUAAUUAUUUUGUUCUGCGUUACUCUCUUGAGUUUGGUCCACCCGAUCCUAGCACUGGCCCAGUCACCUCAACACCCCUCAGCACGACAACCACUAUUCAUCCCACCACUGUAACCAGCACAAUAUCACCUGCUGUUACAACCACUCGGCAGCCACCCCUUACAACCCACCCUAUAGGUGCCAUAAAUCAGAAGGGUACAGAACUGCACACAGUCACUGCCGUAAUGCCCAGUACUCGCCGUCCACCAGCAAACAACCAGCACAUCUUUCCAGAGCUCUUCUGUGAGGCAAAGGAGGUGAGGCGUGUCCAGUGGCCAGCCACACAACAGGGCAUGCUGGUGGAAAGGCCUUGCCCAAAGGGCACGAGAGGUAUUGCUUCUUUCCAAUGCCUUGCUACCCUUGGUAUUUGGAACCCACGUGGGCCUGAUCUCAGCAACUGCACAAGUCCUUGGGUCAACCAGGUGGCCCAGAAGAUCAAGAGUGGAGAGAAUGCAGCCAACAUUGCUACCGAGCUUGCCCGACAUACGCGUGGCGCCAUCUACGCUGGAGAUGUUAGUUCCUCUGUCAAAUUAAUGGAGCAGCUCUUAGAUAUCUUGGAUGCUCAACUGCAGGCACUGCGUCCAAUAGAGAGGGAGUCAGCUGGCAAAAACUACAACAAGAUGCAUAAGAGAGAAAGGACCUGCAAAGACUAUAUCAAGGCUGUGGUGGAGACGGUGGACAACCUCCUGCGUCCAGAGGCACUGGAAUCGUGGAAGGACAUGAAUGCCACAGAGCAAGUGCACACUGCCACCAUGCUGCUUGAUAUCUUGGAAGAGGGAGCUUUCCUUCUGGCUGACAAUGUCAAAGAACCAGCCCGUUUUGUCACUGCUAAGAAUAAUGUUGUGUUGGAGGUCUCUGUGUUAAAUACAGAUGGACAAGUGCCUGAUAUUGUGUUCCCAUAUGAGUUUCCCACCAGAAACUCAAUCCAGCUAUCAGCCAACACAAUCAAGCAAAACAGUCGUAAUGGGGUGGUCAAAGUUGUUUUCAUCCUCUACAAUAAUUUGGGAUUUUUCCUUUCUACUGAGAAUGCCACAAUCAAGCUUGGAAGUGAAGUUGGUCCACUUAGCCCCUCACUUGUUGUCAAUUCACAAGUUAUCGCUGCCUCCAUCAACAAGGAAUCUAGUCGUGUCUUCCUUAUGGACCCUGUCAUCUUUACUCUUUCCCACCUGGAGGACAAGAAUCACUUCAAUGCCAAUUGCUCUUUCUGGAACUAUUCGGAGCGUUCCAUGAUGGGAUACUGGUCCACACAGGGCUGCCGGCUGAUGGAGACCAACAAGACCCACACCACCUGUGCUUGCAGUCAUCUCACCAAUUUUGCUGUCCUCAUGGCACACCGCGAAAUUUAUCAGGGCCGCAUCAAUGAACUUUUGCUGUCUGUCAUCACAUGGGUGGGCAUUGUGAUUUCUCUGGUCUGCUUGGCCAUUUGCAUAUCCACCUUUUGUUUCCUCCGUGGGUUGCAAACUGACCGCAACACCAUCCACAAGAACCUCUGCAUCAAUCUCUUCAUGACUGAGCUCCUUUUUCUUAUUGGAAUUGACAAGACACAAUAUGAGAUUGCCUGCCCCAUCUUUGCUGGGCUGCUUCACUACUUUUUCCUGGCAGCAUUCUCCUGGAUGUGCCUGGAGGCCAUUCACCUUUACCUCAUGCUGGUUGAAGUGUUUGAAAGCGAGUAUUCCCGCAGGAAAUACUACUAUCUAGGUGGCUAUUGUUUUCCUGCCCUGGUAGUGGGAAUUGCUGCCGCCAUUGACUACCGCAGCUAUGGCACUGAAAAGGCUUGUUGGCUUCGAGUUGAUAACUAUUUCAUCUGGAGUUUCAUUGGACCCGUUUCUUUUGUUAUUGGGAUCAACCUUGUGUUCCUCAUGAUCACUCUGCACAAGAUGAUCCGCAACACAUCUGUCCUCAAGCCUGACUCCAGCCGACUGGAUAAUAUCAAGUCUUGGGCGCUUGGAGCCAUUACUCUGCUUUUUCUCCUGGGCCUCACCUGGGCCUUUGGCCUCCUCUUUAUCAACAAGGAAUCUAUUGUCAUGGCCUACCUCUUCACUACCUUCAAUGCUUUCCAGGGCAUGUUCUUCUUUGUUUUUCAUUGUGCACUGCAGAAAAAGGUGCACCGGGAGUUCAGCAAAUGCCUGCGACAUGCAUCCUGUUGCCUCCGAAGCCAACCAGGUGCCACACUAGGCUCACUCAAGACUUCAGCUAUCCGCAGCAACAACCGUUACUACUCUGGGACACAGAGCCGAAUCCGGAGAAUGUGGAAUGAUACUGUGAGGAAACAGACGGAGUCCAGCUUCAUGGCAGGUGAUCUCAACAGCACUCCGACACUUAACCGAGGUACAAUGGGGAACCACCUGUUGACCAACCCCGUGCUGCAGACACGGGGCGGGAGCAGUCCCUACAACACACUCAUUGCUGAGUCUGUGGGCUUCAACCCUGCCUCACCCCCUGUCUUCAACUCUCCAGGGAGCUUCCGAGAGUCCAAGCACCCCCUGAACAACAGCCGAGACGCUUGUGGCAUGGACACCCUCCCGCUCAAUGGCAACUUCAAUAACAGCUACUCCCUCCGCAGUGGUGACUUCUCCGCCGAGGGUACCAAGAUGGCUGAUUGUCGACGAAACCUGAGUGAUGCUGCGGCCUUUGAAAAAAUGAUCAUCUCUGAGCUGGUGCAUAACAACUUGAGGGGGGGAGGCAGUGGUGCGGUCAAGGGAGGUGGGGGUUCCACUGAGACCUCCAACCCCCCUGGGCCUCCUCCCCCUCCCAAUGUAGUAGCAGGGGGAGGGGGAACCAACAAUGAGGAUGACGCCAUUGUGCCUGAUGCCCCUUCCUUGACACAUGAGGAGAACAUGGAAAUUGAACUUAUGUAUAAGGCCUUAGAGGAGCCACUCUUGCUUCAGAGGGCACAGUCCAUCCUCUACCAGAGCGACCUGGAGGAGUCAGAAAGCUGCACAGCUGACCUGACAGAGGGGGGUGACGGCCAAGCUCCUUCGCCCAACAGGGACUCAUUAUACACCAGUAUGACCAAUCUGAGGGACUCCCCGUAUCCGGACAGCAGCCCUGAGGCAGUUGGGGAAGUGCUUCCUCAUGCCCAAGCCAUCAAUGAGAUCUACUAUACCAACCGGCCAGCCUUGGUGCAGCGCAACCAGCUCCAGGCCUACUACCAAGUCCGGAGACCCAGCAAUGAUGGGUAUUUGGUCCCAGCAAGCUUAGAGAACCCUGCAGUGGAGGGAGAUGGCCAAAUGCAGCUGGUGACCAGCCUUUGAGGGGCUGAAAAGGGACUAAGGGACCAUACCUCCUAACCCCAACAUGGCAUCCUUGCUGUGACCUGAACAUUUUCAUUUUUUGCUGGAGAAAUGGUGGGGAAGAAGAGAAUGGAGCAGGCUGGGGAAUGAGUGGAAGAGAGAAGGUGGAAGGAAGAGUGGAGGCAGAGGUCUUCUCCAAAGGGGCAGGUAGCCAUUUUAUCCAGCUAUCUUUCCAUCCACUUAGUUUUCCAGAUAGAAAGUGAGACAUUGCCUAUUAGAAGAUCUCAGUUCCUUUUCCAGGCGAAUGCAAUGGAGGAAAGAGAGCAGUAUCUAGGCCAGAAGAUCAGACUUAUGACAAUACCUCCUAGAAAAUGGAGGAGGAACAAUAGAUUGAGAAAGUUUGAAAGUUGAAAAUUAAUUUGUAUCGCUUCAAUAAUCAAAGCCAUGAGGGUGUCAUGUGCAGAGAAUGGGACACAUGCAGAAAUACUCUGCACCCACUCUCCACCCUCCCUUCCCCAUGACUUUAUUGGCAACAAGAAAACACGAACAAAAAGGCACAUGGCCUUCUUAGAGUUUAGAUGCAGCCGACGGCCACUGCGCUGCCCCAUGUCAUAGGAAAAAGUACACGUGGGGGGAAAGGAAGGAGCUGUUCAGUUGAUGCUAAGACCACAACUAGCCUCCCAGUAUUUGUUGGGAAGCCCACAGGUUAUCAGUGGGAUUUCUGUUGGCUCCUUAUUUGUUGCGUCAGAGUGGCAAGACUGCCAAAAAAAAAAAAAAAAAACGAUCUUCCUUUUUUUUUUCCUUUGUCUUUUUAAAGCUACAUAGAUGUACUUAAGCUGCAGCAUUGCUUCUGGGGAAGAAGGAGAAAGUAGCACUGAGCUGGCUUAUUUUCGUUUUUGCUUUACUUUUUGUUGCCACAUUUAAUGGUCAUUCCCCCUUUUCAUUUCUUUUCUGUGGCCACCAAGCUUGAAACCAUACAAAAUACGGAUGAGGAGGGAUGGAGUUGAGGGCAGCUGUCAGCUGGGUCAAUCCCUCACCCAAUCUACUGUGUUCCUUCUCCAACAUUUAGUAGUGAUGCAAGAAGAAUCCUCUUCCCUCUGUCUCAUUCCUGCCUGUGAAGAAGCAAAAGCAAAAAUCAGGAGUACUUGCAAUGCAAAUAUGGCUGCCAUCCGAACAUAUUUGGGACCACAUGGGGAGAAACAGGAGUGUUGAACUCUUUUUUUCCCAAAAAAACUGGAUGGAUUGUAUCUUUCAAACAAAUGAGAAAAGCAAAACAAAAACACUUAACCCAGACUGCACUUUUUCCCCAAAGGAAGAAAUAGCAAAUCUCCCUCUUCAAGCACAACUCCGAUUUUACUCAACAGCUCUUGUCCCGGGAGAGCUAGAGGAGGAACCGGUCUCACCUAGAGGCACCAUAUCUCUGGCGGGCGGUGGGCAGGGUGAACGGGGUCUAAGGGAAGGGGGAAGGGAUAUCAGUUGAAAUGCUGUAAAUAGGAGAUCCUCAAAACAACAACCAAGAAUCGAUUUACUCACUUGAAAAAGGAAAACUACAAACCAAGGAACUUUUCUGUCUGGGUUUGAAAUAUAUCUAUAUCUAUAUCCUAAUAUAUAUAGAUAUAUAGCACUCCGCUCUGCUCUGGCCCCAUGUGUAUAUGGGAGCAUUAAAGGGGAAAGAAAAACCCUUCUUUGAUGAAGACAAUGGAGGGGGGAGCCUACCAAGAGCAGAUUUUUACAAUCAAGGAAAAAAAGAAACAUUUUGGCACAAUUUUUAUGUAAUAUAUAACAUAUACUGCGUCAUUUCUGUGACCUUGAAGCAUUUUCCCUUUCCUUCCAGAUGAGGUACUUUUUUCAUACAUCCUGAUGAAGUUGGUUAUUUUCUCAUUAACUGACACUUUGCAACUGUGGGUGGGGGAAAAAAAUUCAAAGUUUUUACCGCAAGACCCAAAGAUGCUGUAGUUCUGCAAUGCUGUAGAUGCCAGGAAAAUCCUUUGCUUUUAGAAAUUUUAGUAGCAGGGGUGGGCAGGUAGGGUUUCACUUCCUUUUUUUAAGAAGCCACACUGCACGUAUUUAUUUGAAACAUCCAGGCUGGCAUUUGCCAGGUGACGUUCUAUCAAAGAAAGUAAGUGGUGUGUGUGGUUUCACUGGCCAGAGCCUCAAAGCAUUCAGUGUUUUGAUUUCAUUUUGUUUGGCUUUCAAUCCCCUCAGAGAUGGUAUAUCGAUGGCUGUCGACAGCUAAAACAGAGAAUCGGCUGUUUUUCAGUAAGCUUUCCAGAUAGCUUGGGCUUUCUCUCUCAGCAUCAGAGAGAAAAAUGAACCAUCCUCCAGUGUCUCGUCCCGCUGUCUCUUACCUCACUGCCAAUAUUAACAAUGAACCAACUCCCUCCACGGUAAAUUACCAUAUAGGAUCCUUAGAUGCUUUGGGUUUCACCAGGAGGCAAACCUAAUCCUGAUCCAUUUGCAUUUUCAGUUCCUCAGUUUUCCCUGAGAGUGUGACAUGACUAGAUCUUUCUAACAAACACUGAGACACCCCAAACUGUCCUUGAAUAAUUUGGGGGAAAAGAGAAACCAUGCUACAUGUCUUUUUCGACCAAUAACCCAAAUACUGUGGAAGGUUAUCUGCCAGCAGCAACAGAGCAUGUAGGCGAGCGGCAUUCCGUAGCUUUACAUCUAAGGAUAAAUGGAUAGUUCUCUGGGGUGCAGAGCUUGAGCUGGCGGGUUUUUGAAUCAAGAGGAAUUAUGCAUAGUAGAAUUAGGUGGAAUAUUCCGCAUAAAACAUUUUCCUCCUGCCUCCUCAGCUCACAGUAAUAGUCACACUCCUGCAUUUAGUCACAAUGAAAUUGGCACUUUUUAAAGGUGUCCAAAUAGCUUUUGCUUUAUAUCCAGAUCAUGAGGACACAGGGCACAAGGAAAUGGAUAGCAGGGCUUUUUGUCCUUUGUGCUAUUGUAUUACUCAUUGGUAUUGAGGCGCAAGAAGUGGAGAGGAUUGCUAGGGUUGCUAGCAAACCCUUCUGAGUCCACACUCCUUCUGCCACAGUUUUGAUUUUGCCCCCAAGUCAAUGUGUGAUUAAGUAAAACUAAGGUCCUGCUUUCAUUUCCCUGUUCCAUCCACGACCUGUGGUUUUGAUCAGUCCCCUUCCAAUACCAAAUGGCCUUAUUCACCCCACUUCCCUUUGCUGUGUUGCUCCAAGGAAGGCUCUGGGUUCAGGAACCUCCUUGGGUUUUAUACCAAGAGGUACCUCCAUGUGGAAACCUCUCAUUAAAAGCAAAACGAAAACAAACAAACCAAAGACUGCCCUUGUUCUCCCUGCAAAGAGUUGAAGCUAUGAGGAUUGAGUUUCUGGCAGCCCAACACAAAGCUUUGCAUUUUCUUGCAUGUUAGGUGUUCAAGGUCCAUUCAGCUGGUGAAACUUGGAGGAAGGAGGAAAUUGACAAACAUAUGAGUUAAUAUCAGUGUUAUUUCAUGUGCUCUCCUGGUACCAGAAAAAAAAUGUGGGUAGCAGUUGUGAUAAGGGGGUUUUAGGGUCCAAAUCUUGGAAUCAACUCAAAUAUUGCCAGUUUUAUACAGAGAGGCAGCUUUUCUUCCUGUUCUCAAAUUUGGAAUUUAACAUUGUCCUGUUCUUUGAAUGCUAGUUGCCACUAGGCAAAACACUACUAUUUUGAACUUGAGUAAGUUAUAUAGACACAGAGACAGGUAUUUUAAAUUUAAGCUGAAGAGAGAAGCCCCAAAGAGUUUUGUGUAUUAAUGAGAAUGAGUAGAGAGAUACAACUAGCUAUAAGCAGAUAUGGCAUAAAAGGGAAUAGUAUGUCACUCAGUAUGGCUGCCUAGAGCAGUGCUUCUCAACUUUGGCAACUUUCAGAUGUGUAGACGUCAACUCCCAGAAUUCCCAGGUAGCAUAACAUACUGGCUGGGGAAUUAUGGGAGUUGACAUCCACACAUCUGAAAGUUGCCACAGUUGAGAAAUAUUGGUCUAAGGCUACAGAAGUUUUAUCUGGGAAUGUUUGAGGAGAGAGGGAUUAACAGCAUCACAAUAUCCCUGAUGCAAAUGGUGAGUUCUAGUUUAAUGGCCUGGUAGCAGAUUUUUUUAAAAAUGAUUUUGUUUUGUUUUUGGAGUGCAGGCCCAAAGAAUAUAACAACAAGCUGUGGGAAUCCAGAUAUGUGAUUUGCAGAAAUUACUCUCAGAGCAGACUGAACUUAUUAUAAUUUAAAUAGAGGACACCUCCACACUCAACAUUUCAGAAGAUAACAGGCCUGGGCUACAAUUACAUUUAAACAUUACACCUCUAUUUAUAAUCACAUGUAAUAAUCUUUCUCCUCAGACUUCUGAAGUUUCCCACUUCUUUGUUCUUAUAGCUCUUGGGGGUGGGGGAGGAACAUAAAACCAUCCAAAAUAAAAUUAUGCUCUAAAUAGAUUUUUAUCAUAGGUUAUAGAAUGGCACUGUGUUGCUUGCUGCUCCCUAACACUGAAGUUGCUGGGGGUGAGGGGUGGGGUUUACUGCCACAGCAAAGCUGAUACCAUUGCACUUUCCACCUUGAAUCCAAGACCUUGUGUAUGUGUGUCAUUUGGAUCUGUUAACAGGUUUGUCGAGAAUUGGUGGGUGAAUAUAAUUUCUCUCUGCAGUAAUGAUAUUACUUCCUUCAAAAUGGCAAGAGCGUUUAUUGGGAGAGUAUAGAGUUUUGCUUCUUAAGAUUUUUCCUGGGGACAGCAUCAUUCAGGUGCCCUUGCCUCAUUCCAGCAACAUACACUAAAGAAGGGCACCGCCGAGUCCUGUUGUGCUGCUUCCAAAAAGCUCAGUGUCGUUCUCUCUGAAGUCCUGGAUUGAGUUGGUCAGGCGGAGUGUCUUUAGCUUAGGUCUUGUGCAGAUUAAUAUAGUACGGAUACUGAAUCGUCAUGUCUUUGUACAGGAUGCCUCUUUAUAUUUGUCUUUUAUUUUAUGAUACUGAAAUCUCAUUCUGGAGGUCACCGGAAGGAAUGAAAAAUAUCAAAUGUUUGAAGAAGAAAACCAGGAGAUAGGUAUUGCUCAUCGUGAGCGCUUAGGAGACAGUAAUUGCUACGUCCGUGCUGAUAGCCAGAGAGGGCAUGGGAUUCCUGACGAGGGUCUGCUCAGUUUCCCAUUCAACAAUUGUUCUAAAUGUCUCUGGUUGUUCUGAGCAUCGUGUUCAUUUCUGCUUGCAAUCUAUUAAUUGAAGGUUCUGGACUGCAGUUCUCUUUCUCUACACUUUUGUCUAAGACUUAUGCAAAUCCGUGAGCUCCAUUCACUUUAGCAAAAGUAUUCCAUUCAGCUUUUCCAGAGCCAUUUCUUUUCACUGCCUUGGUGCAAUGCAACCAGAUGUGCAAGUUAAUCCAAAUUGUCCCCUCUGGCCUUCAGGCCAGCAUAGCAUGGAGGCCAACAUAUGGUCUAUAUUCUCCAUUCUUCUGAAGAUGGGUGGGGAAGUCAGCCCUCACCAGCUACACUGUUGUCUGCUCUUCAAGGCCAUCUCUAUUUUCUCUAAAACUGGCUGUCUGCAAGUCAACGUGAGGGGUACAUAUGCAUAAGCUAGUUCAGGACAGCACUACCUCUAGGGCAACUUUAGAACUCAGACUCUGCUGCUCUAAAAAUCACUUUGAGCUUAAUCACUGGAAGCAGUGGCACACACACUCUGUUCCCUUUUUGUGUGAGAGUGAAAUGCACUUCUUUCUCUGCUAGGAACUCUCAGGCUGCUUCCAAACUUUUCAUGUGUGAGGCUGAAGGAUUAUUAUUUUGCAAAGUCCAUGCUAGGACAGCUACAAAGCCUGAACCAGCAACCAGCAGCUCUCAAAAGUGGAGAACUGCUCAUCCUUCUCAAAUUACAUGAACAAGACCGGUGCUCCGGUAGGAUCUCUGUUUAAGGGGAAUCCAUUUUCCUAUUAUUUGAUGAGGAAGAGUCUUCUGUUGGCUCCUUAUCCCAGCAGCUCCUCACUUGAAACUGGUCUUCUUUUUAAGGUCCUACACACCAGCCUGUGCCUCUCUGUGUGUGCUGGGGUGCCCUUAAAGCAAGACUAGCAGGGGUUCCACUGAGAGCUCUUGUGUCUGUAGAUUAGUCUACCCCAACAGUGGUGCUAGCUGGGGAUGAUGAGACUUAUACUGUCAGGAAGAGACUGGGUUGGGGUAGGUUGCAUGAAAUAUUUCUAUGUCAAGCAAGCACAGCUGUGCAAGAGAAGUGUUUGCACUAGGACAGGGAGGGGAUGUGUGACAGCCGAAAAGAUGAUGGCGGCACACUCUGGAGAGCAUCAGGCUAGUUUCCGGUUCAAGCCACACUGCCUCUUUGAAGCUGUCCCAUCCCAGCCCUUUCCCUGCCUCCAUUGCUUUCCCAGUUCAGUUUCCCUCCAGGUAUACCGGUGAAGCCGUGCCUUUUGAAUGGCAGCGUGAAGGAAGGCCUGGGCCAAGAGGUCAGGGCUCGUGGGGAAUAGUUUGACUCGUGCUCUCUCACCUUGGUCCCUCACUUCCCCUUCUUUCCCAUGGUGCUGAUUCAUUUCUAUUUUCACUCCACCGCUUUGGUCUAGUACGUCUCUUCUUCCUUUCCAUUUCUCUAUCUUUCAGUUCCUUUCCCUUCCCCUCAACAUGCCAAACCAAUUUUGGGUCGAGUGCAUUAAACAGAAAAAAAUAUAUAAUGAAAAUUUUAAAAAUAUUUAAAAAAAUGGAAACUUGUUGAGUUACAAAAAAAUUAAAAUAAUAAAGGAAAUACAAUUUCUUGGAA